GGGAAACCUAGUCUUCUAAUGGCGGCGAGAAGAGGCAAAUGGAAAGCCCUAAUUCACGACAACAACAUCUAGACCCAGGAAGACAAAGCUCCUUUCAAAGUCUCGCCUUAAACAAUGUGAGAAGCGCUUCGAGAGCGAGUGCUAGCUUCAGCGUAACUUCGCCGUUUGGGAACUAUCCGGAACCAACCAGCGUAAAUUAUCGAGCAACAAUGGUUUCGACAACUUCCACCCCGACUCCGUCAACACAAAUGUCACCGUUUUAUCUGUUACGGGAAGAUACUCUGACUCCUUCAGAAGCAAAUAGCAACCUUUUGGUAAAACAUGGCUUUGACCAGACGUAUCAGAAGAGCAAAAAAGUCAAAGAAGGAUUGAGUUCGUUUUUACCGCAUUUGCCUGGUGUUCUUGAUGAACUAGGAGGACCAGAAAAUAGUCUUCGUUCAGUGGUAGACAAGCCUCCCAUUGGUGGAAAGGAGCUCCUUCCUUUAACUGGGCAUUCCUUGUCUGGAUUUCGCUUAAAUCCUGGUCCGAUUCCAGAACAGUUUCGUUUCAUGAGUCAGCAUCCAGUGAAGAAAAAACACAAACAUAAGAAGCACAAAAGCCAAGAUAAUGAGCGAAAUAAGGAAGGAGGUGAAGCAGUCAGUCAGUCAGGUCAAGAGCAAGAAAAGCUAGCAUCCUCCUCUACCGGUAUGAAGAAUUGUCAGUUUUGUUUUACUCAUAUUCAUGAGUUGUGUAGUCCAUGUAGUAGAUGAAUUGGGGAACAGGUAAAGAGAUAGAUGAUGUAGAGGGGUGUCUAGUGCAAGAGGGUGUCAAAUUUUGGUUCUUGGAUGACUUCAACCAGCUUCAGUCUCAACCUAAGUGUUUCAGUUUCCCUUUACACCUUUUUUUUUUCUUUUUCAGUAGAAGAUAUUGUACAUGGCUAUGAAAUUUCAGCUGUGAUUUACCACAAUGUAUAUCAUUGCUGGAUCCUUGCUUUCAUAUGUCUUUCUCUGAGAGCGUAUGAUUACCCAUUAACUCUAUAUCCUUGGGCUUCUAACAUCAAUCCACCCACUCAGCCCAGCCCUUGUUCAGCCAUAACCAGAGAAGAUCCUUCAUUCCUGUUCAAUACAGUUGAUGGGAAAGUUUGUUUUUACUUAAAAUAUCACUGGUGGAUGAGCUGGCAGCAGAUUUGCAAGCUCUAUUAUUUUUUCUCUCUAUAAUGUCUCUCUUGUGAUAAAAGCACCUGUUAUCAAUUUGUUUGAGUAAUAUAAGGAAGACAGGGAGGGACAAGAAAAAAAACUUACAUCAAUUUAAAGUUACCAUGCCAAUUUGUUGUGGAAUGUUUGUUCAUAGAUAAAGCUGAGAGUGCACAUGACUCCAAAAAACACAAGAAACAGAAAAAGCAUGAUGAUGGUGAACGGAAAAAGAAAAAGAAGGAAAAGAAAAAGAAAAAGAGGCACACACCUGAUGCUACUCCUCCUGGGGGAGGACUGGACCCAAGUUGAAGACUGAAAUGUAGAGACUAUUUCUAUAGAAAAUAAUGACAAAAAUAAUGACUAUUUUAAAAAUAUUUACAAGUACGCCUAACUUAAGUUAUGCCACCUUUAGGAUAAAGAAAGACGUAUAUUUAGAAAUACUAGGUUGUUUUUCAGCAACAUUGUACAAAGUUGGUCAUUGAUAACUGGCUCCAAACAGGAGCUGAAUUUAGGGAGUUGUCUGUAAGAAAACAGGAAGAAAUCUUGUGUCAUGUCUGUUCUUGUCAUUUCAUAUACUCGGUAACAACAUUGUCAGUGUGCAGGUUAAUUUAACCCUUUCACUCCCAAAAUCUUAUUAGUUAUGCUCCUUUUUGGGCAUACAAUUAUAAUGUUUGCCUAGAGAAUUUGGUGUUGGAUCAACUACUGGUCCUCUGAUGGAUAUUUUUUCUUUAUUCUCAUCAGUUGUCUGUAUAGUAUUGUUUUGCUAUUGUAAGGGAAAUUUUCUCCUCGUCACUCAUGGGAGUUAGAGGGUUAAGUGAUAGGCAAUGGUGGUAAGUUGUGUUUUGUCUCCCACCAUUAGAAAGCCAUCAUUUCAUCUGAGUUGUGGUAGGUUAGGAUCUUAAAAGCAAUGUGUAUAGAAAUAGUUUUGGAGAUGAGACCUACCUUAAUCCAGUUUUAAGAGGUAGUGCAAGCUAAAAGAAUCUCCUUCCACACACUCUCGUAUGAUUUGUAAGUAUUUGCACUAUGAUGGUGCUUUGUAAUGGAAUACUUUAAGAAGCAUAAACAAGCAGCUUCUCUGCCAAAAAAACCCAUCCACUGUCAGUUCUUGACUUGGAAUAUUACUCAUCUCUUAUCAAUCAUGUCAUACUUUUACAUCAGAAAUAAAUUUUGGGCAGAUAAGUGAAAUGCGUCCAUUUCUAAGGGUUAUCAAAGUUGACAUAUGCAUAGUGGUAGCAGUCUGAAGUGUGAGCCAAACCUGGCUUAACAACAUACAUCUUGGAGGUAAUUGUGGAAUGUUGAGUAAGCUGUGAUGUAAACGAGUGAUUUAACGUUCCUCUUAUGGUACAAGAUAUUCUUUGUUAAUCACUCAAGUUUAAGAAUGAACAGUCAGGAAGUUUACCGCUGGCCAGCUAUAGGUAUGUCGUAUCAAUGGGCCAUUUUACAGUUGUGUACUUAGUUGCCAAGUCCUUGAUUUGUUGUGAUAGAGAUCAGUUAGAGAUCUAGUUAGCAUGAUAACAAAGACAUUUACAUUUGGAGAGCUACAAGGUUUAUCAUAACAAGGUCACCCUUAGCCUUUCUCCUGUUCAAAGGCUUGGCAACCAAGCACGCGACUGUAAAAUGGACUAUUCUGCUUCUGUUUCACCUCGGGGGAAGGGACGUCUACACGUAUGCUACACGCAAUUCUUGAACAAUUUCUUAAGAGAAAACUUCAAAUUGUGCAUCUU